AUGUCUCUGGGAACAACCGCUACAUUGAGCACUGGUGCCAAAAUCCCUCUUCGAGGAUACGGCACUUGGCAGGCUGAGCCCGGUCAAGUGGGCGAGGGUGUCUACCUGGCAUUAAAGGCCGGUUACCGUCACUUGGACCUUGCCAAAAUCUACCAAAACCAGAAAGAAGUCGGCGAGGGUAUCCGCAAGGCCUUUGCGGAAUUCGGCAUCAAGCGGGAGGAUGUUUUCAUUCUAUGGGCUAACAACGUCUCCGCGGACAGACUUCCAAGCUCUGGAACAGAACUCGGCCUGGAGUAUCUGGAUCUCUACCUCAUCCACUGGCCGGUCGCGUUCAAGUCAAACAAACAGAUCAACAACCUGUUCCCCCGGCAGGCUGGAAACGAAAAGCUCGUUGAGAUUGAUGACAGCAUCUCCAUUAUCGACACUUGGACGGCCAUGACGAAGCUUCCCAAGAGCAAGGCCCGCGCUGUGGGAGUUUCCAACUACUCUAUUGAACAUCUCGAGGCUAUCAUCAACGCAACUGGCGUUGUCCCUUCAGUCCUUCAGAUUGAGCGCCACCCUUACCUUCCUAACCCACCUCUGAUCGAGUACGCCCAGAAGAAGGGCAUUCACGUCACUGCUUACUCGGGCUUCGGAAACAACUCCAUCGGCUGGCCACUCAUCAUCACUCGCCCUGAAGUCAAGGAAGUUGCCGAGAGUGCCUCGAAGCGCACCGGCACAACCGUUACUCCUGCACAAGUUCUCCUCGCCUGGGCCCAAGUCGGCAGCAUCAGUGUCAUCCCCAAAUCAGUCACCGCAUCGCGCAUCGUCGAGAACUUCAUCGAAGUCGAGCUCACACCCGAGGAAAUCGCCAAGAUCGACGCCCUCGGAAAGGAGAAUAAGCGUUUCAAUGUUCCCGGCUCUGUUAACGAUCCUUUGUGGCCGAUUAACAUCUUCGGCACCCCCGAGGAGAACGAGCAUCCCGAAUUUCACAAGGUGAUUAUUUCAAAAUAA